UUUGUUUUUUUUUUUUUGUCUUCACCAGCCUGCGAGUAUCCUUCUCCAAAAGAGAUAACCAUGAGGGCUUCGAUUUCAGUCGCAUGGCUGUCGCUGUUAGCGACCAGUGCCUUUGCUCGGUCUACAAGAGCCUAUGGCAGUGAGAUGCUCACGCCUGUCCCGACGCCGCCGGCUGUUAUCAGAGGCAUGCCAGCAGGAGAAUUAGAACGGGUGACGGUCACGAUAACAGUAGGAGUUAGUGUUUGGCUGGGUGAUUCCGAGACUUGCACUGGCGCGCCGGCGGGUACUGUCACAGAUACUGUCACUAAUUCAAUCACCGACACCGUUACUCGAACUGUUUUUGAGACUGGAAAGGUCACUGUAACAGAUACCGUCAGUGCCCCUGCAGUGGCUGUCACAGAUGUCUCGACAAAAACUGUCACUGUUGACCAGUCAUCGGUUCCAACCUCGACAGUGAGGACUACUGUUGGUGGUUCAACGGUCACGUCUACUGUCGGCGGUCCAACAGUGACAACGACUAUUGAUGGCCCAACAGUGACGACGACUACCGGUGGCUCAACGGUCACGUCUACUGUCAGCGGUUCAACAGUCACGUCUACUGUCGGUGGCUCAACGGUCACGGACGCCUCCACAGUAACGAUUACCAUGAGCGAGUCAACCGUCACUGCGCCAGGAACCACUGUCAAUAUUCCGGGAACGACAUUCCCAGGAACCACCGUGGUGACGAGCGAAACUAUUCCGGGGUCGGUCACCACUAUUCCAGGGUCAGUUACAACCGUUCCAGCGUCGACUCUCACGACAUUCAUCAGUCAGCCUGCUAGCACUGUCACUUUGUCUGGAGGCACUAGCACCCUGCCAGGUUCAACUACUACCGCGACAAUCACGCGUCCUGGUGGUACAGUGACUGUUGUGGGAUCAACUGCAAUAGUCGACACCGUCACAGCCCCAGGCUCAGAAGCCACUGAAAUGGCUCCCAUGACCGUGACUGAAACCACCUCCGGUCAGGGAACGACGCUGACACAAAGUUCCGUCGGCACUACCACCGUCUCCAUCUCAGUCUGUUCCAGUCUCGUCAGCAAUCCAACCUAUACGCCUGCUACGCAGCUACCAACAGACUAUACUUGGGGUUGCCCACCUGGAUAUCUCUGCCAACCCUCUCAUACGGGUGACCGUGCCGGCUGCAAUGCUGAAGCCGGUGUUCCCGCUGAUGGCUACGUCUGCGCCCCCUCGGAUUGCAUUCCCGCUCCACCCUUGAUUUACAACCAAUCCGUGGCUACUGAUGAAAAUGGCCACCACUUCAAUAUCUCCAAGGAUUAUUACAACCUUGAUCCGGAUGACUUUGGUCUGAACUACUCCAUCUUCCGGAUUUCAGGCUCCGCAGCGUCUAAGAGGAAACGCGAUGCCAAAUCGUUCUGGGACCUCCUCGUCGGCCGAAAUGCCAAGAGAGACAUCUCGGAUAUUCCUGGUCAAUGUUAUAAUGAUUGUAAUGAGGCUUCACUGAUGCCACAAUCACUCGGGAAGACGCCGGAGCUGUGCGAAAGCGACUCGUUCACAGCCGAGUUGGGACACUGUAAGACGUGCAUCAGCAAUAAUGCUGACUCGGACUCGGAUGAUCAAUAUUCACAAAGAAUGUUGCCGACGUUUGCACAGUACCUGAAUUAUUGCUCUGGUCUGGCGACGACUUCCACGAGUACCACAGCAGGGACAACUGCUACCAGCACCACGGCCUCAACAGCAGCCACUACAACGAGCACUCUUGCCACCAACGGGACUACUACAACCAUUACUCAGACUGGGGAAACGACCAGCAUAGCCCCGACAACUCCAGUAGCUGGACUGAGCACAACCACGGUGGAGGUGUCUAGGACUGAAAGCAUCCGGACUCCCGACGAAAGCGCAUCGACCACAGUAUCCAGUAGUCCCAGUGGCACGGAAACCCCAUCUGCCUCUUCUACUUCAUCCAAUGUGGCAGUAUCAACUAUGGGAGUCCCUCAUAAAGGCUUACUAAGUCUGUUGCUGGCUCUUUUCGCAACUCCAUUCUUUUAAAAUGCUUAAAUGUUACGAUAUUUCAUUUAUUAUUUGCGAGGUAUACAUUCGCGAUGAUGGUGAUGGAUUGAUAUGCUGUUUCUAGACUCUUCUGGGCUCCCAACUAUACAAUGCUAAACUUGCGCUACACUGUCAUUGCCCUACACGUAUCAUCCUGUGUAGAGUGGUACGGCGAGUCCGCAAAACCCGCUCCAAUUCGUUCCGAAUCCGCAAUGGAGCGGGCUCAGGUGGAAGUUGAGAAAGUCUGCAAUGGCGGCAGAUUAUACAUGCAGGAUCCGCAGUGACUUGGGGAUAAUCCGAAUAGAGUGGUUUAUAUGUCUUGGUGAGUGAAGUGAAUCUGGUAAAUGAAACUGAGGGUUGGAUGUAAAGAGUUGUGAGCAGUGCGCCCACAUCCAAUCCUGAUAGAGCAGUUAUCAAAAUACAAGAUAUUCC